AUGGCUGGACCGUACUUGUCUCCACUACCAGGAGAUCUUCUAACUGAGUAUAUGUUUGGUAGGCGUCGGCAAAGACGAAACAGAACGACGUUUACGCCGCAGCAGUUAAGUGAACUAGAGUCAUUGUUCCAGAAGACCCAUUACCCCGACGUGUUCUUGAGAGAAGAAGUUGCGCUGAGGAUUAGUUUAUCGGAAGCGAGAGUACAAGUGUGGUUCCAAAAUCGACGUGCAAAGUGGCGAAAGCAAGCAAGACUGCAACUUCUUCAAGACGCUUGGCGGAUGCGUUGCUUGGGGCUCGGCACCCCUCCACUCGGUAUUCCAGGUCACACCAAGCCACCAGAAUCUUCGCCUGAAGGAGGCGAUUCACCCACGCCCAAAGCGUCUCCAGAGCCACCGGUAUUAGAGAGCAAUAGCGAACUGAAAACUCAACGUCCAGAAACUUACCAUCACAACGGCAACAUGCAAGAAAAUGUACCGUCAAUGCCACACGAAAUGCCCCCUAUGCAGUAUAGUGGUGAAGACAACAGAAUGAUGCAACAAGCUUUCCCCUUCCCACCCUUAUUGAUGACACACGAAUCAGAAUUAGCACCAACAGAUUUACGAGUCAUGACAAAGAAUAACUGUCAUUGCACAGAAGAUAUAGAUGAGCCACAGAAUUUGGCGUAUCGCAGACGGACUCAGACCAGCGAUAGUGAGAGUGACACCGAAAUAGAUCUAACUUCCCAUUCAAAAGAUGAUGAUAUACGUGAAUCAGAGAGACUCGCCAAGAGAAUAGCAACUAACAUCUUCAGAAGUGACACGGUUUUGCAUGAUUUGUUACCGAAUGAUCUCAGUAUGGGUGUGAAAGGCAUGGACAGGAAUAUGGGUAGAAAUAACGUUUCCAUG